AUGGCAUCUUGUAAUCUCCGUUCAAUUAGCUUACCAUCUAGAUCUCAUCCUCUAAACGUAAAUAUUGAGGAGCAGUUGUGCAAGUUGAAGGCAUCACAAUCCUCAUCAAUAGGGCACAAAUUAAGUGGCCUAAAGGAUUUGUUCGAGUCUGUUGAUGAUUUUCUUCAACUGUCGUUUGCCCAACAGCCCAUCUCCAAUGAGAGGCAAAGCCAGACCAUAGAAAAUGCAAUGAAUGGAUUUCUGGAGCUAUUGGAUAUAUGUGAUACCACAAGAGAUUUAUUUUCGCAGAUGAAGGAAUGUUUACAAGAACUUGAACUAUCUCUGCGUAGAAGGAAAGGCGGAGAAUCUAGCUUGACAAGAGAAGUUGAUGCAUACAUGGUAUAUAGAAAGAAGUUGAACAAAGAAAUUUGCAAGUGUCUAAGAAAUAUGAAGAAAAAGGAGAGGAAUUGCGCAGCAGGAACCUUCGACAAUAACUCCAAUUUGGCGAACAUGAUCAGCAUGCUAAGAGGAGUUCAAGAAAUUAGUCUAGUGGUGUUUGAGUGGAUCUUAUCUUUCAUUUCUCAGCCAAAGGUAAAAUCAUUGCCCUCUGGCUGGUCUGUAAUCCCAAAAUUGUUGCAAUCCAAGAGUGUUUCGUGUGAAGUGAAAAUGGAAGUAAAUGAAGUAGAGAAGAUUGAUGCCGAAUUGUUUAUCCUCAAGUCGAGCAAAGACAUUAGUAUUUCAGCAAUUCAAAACCUUCUGAAAGGAUUGGAGACUUUGGAGUCGAGCAUUCAAGAAGCAGAAGAGGAUCUGGAAUGCACCUAUAGGCGUUUGGUGAAAACCAGAGUUUCCCUUCUAAACAUUCUGAAUCAUUAG